AUGAGCUGCUUUGGUUGUUGUGGUGAUGAGGAAUUCCAUAAACUUACUGAAACAGGACCAAAGACAGCAUACAACACAGCAGGUUACAAUGGUCACCAUCAAAGGCCAGAACCAUUCAAGAACCCACCAGUUAUACAGAUGCAACCUGUAGCUGUGCCAGCCAUUCCAGCAGAUGAAUUCAAGGAUAUAACUGAUAACUAUGGUUCAAAGUCCUUGAUUGGUGAGGGCUCAUAUGGAAGAGUGUUUUAUGGUGUUCUCAAAAGUGGAAAGGCAGCUGCUAUUAAGAAACUUGAUUCCAGUAAGCAACCGGAUCAAGAAUUUCUCUCCCAGGUUUCAAUGGUUUCUAGAUUGCGGCAAGACAAUGUUGUUGCUCUUCUAGGCUAUUGCGUUGAUGGCCCACUCCGUGUACUUGCUUAUGAAUAUGCUCCUAAUGGAUCUCUUCAUGAUAUUCUUCAUGGUAGAAAAGGUGUGAAAGGAGCACAGCCAGGUCCUGUUCUGUCAUGGCACCAGAGAGUAAAAAUUGCUGUUGGUGCAGCUAAAGGACUUGAGUACUUGCAUGAGAAGGCAAACCCUCAUGUUGUCCACCGAGACAUCAAAUCAAGCAAUGUACUUAUGUUUGAAGAUGAUGUUGCUAAGAUUGCUGAUUUUGAUUUGUCUAAUCAAGCCCCUGACAUGGCUGCACGCCUUCACUCAACUCGUGUGCUUGGAACCUUUGGUUAUCACGCCCCAGAGUAA